CAAUAACUGUUGACGAUUUAUUGGUAAUCACAGAACUCUGGCAGUGAAGGAAGAACUCCUCUCCUAGGUUUACGAGAACUGUACCGAAGUGGAAAAUGCUAUUUACUUAACAAAAUCAUUUUGUCUUGUGCAACAUUAAAUUGUGUCAAUCAAGCAAAUAAAGGAAGAAAACCUCAUUUAUAAAAUGAACGGCUCUUGGUUUCAGUUCAUUGCUUCUCCGGCUCCAAGAGGAGGAAAACAAUGAAGAUUUUGUUGCUUGCUGUUUUUCUACUUUUACAUAGUCCCUCCACCAGGGCAAGAACAAAACAUUAUUACCUUGCAAUUAUUGAAGACAUUUGGACCUAUGCCUCGAACUCUUUGGAGAAGAAACUAAUUGCAGUUGACACGGAGCAUGCUAAUUUUUACCUCCAAAGUGGCCCUGACAGAAUUGGAAGAAUAUACAAGAAAGCCAUUUAUCUUCAAUACACAGAUGAAACCUAUACGAAGAAGAUUGAAAAACCUAAGUGGCUUGGGUUUUUAGGCCCCAUUAUCAAGGCUGAAAUAGGAGAUACUGUCUAUGUACACUUAAAAAACUAUGCUUCUAGGCCUUACACAUUCCAUACACAUGGAAUAGAAUAUCAGAAAGAACACGAGGGAGCUCUCUACCCUGAUAACACCACGGAUGCUCUAAGAGAAGAUGACAAAAUCUAUCCAGGAAAGAACUAUACUUACAGAUUGUUUGCUAGCACUCCACAUAGCCCAGGGCAGGAAGACAGCAACUGUGUGACCCGGAUUUACCAUUCCCAUAUAGAUGCACCAAGAGAUAUUGCCUCAGGCCUCAUUGGGCCUUUAAUCAUCUGUAAAAAAGAUUCUCUGGAUGGAGAAAAAGAAAAAGAUGUUGACCAAGAAUUUGUGGUGAUGUUCUCUGUGGUGGAUGAAAAUCUCAGCUGGUACCUAGAUGACAACAUUCAAACAUACUGCUCAGAACCACAGAAGGUUGACAGAGACGAUGAAGAAUUCCAGGAAAGUAACAAGAUGUACUCUGUGAAUGGAUACACAUUUGGAAGUCUCCCAGGUCUUUCCAUGUGUGCUGAGGACAGAGUGAAAUGGUAUCUUUUUGGAAUGGGCAAUGAAGUUGACAUACAUGCAGCUUACUUCCAUGGACAAACGUUGACUAGCAAGAACUACCGUAUUGAUACUAUCAAUCUCUUUCCGGCUACCCUUAUUGAUGCUUUUAUGGUGGCCCAGACCCCUGGAGAAUGGAUGCUUAGCUGUCAGAAUCUAAACCAUCUGAAAGCUGGCUUGCAGGCUUUUUUCCAGGUUAAAGACUGCAAAAAACUCUCACAUGAACCUCCUGUCCAGGGGGAAGUUAGACAGUACUACAUUGCUGCUGAAGAGAUCAUCUGGAACUAUGCACCCUCUGGCACAGAUACAAUCACCAACCAAAAUUUAACAGAGCCUGAAAGUGCUUCAGAGGUGUUCUUUGAACAAGGUGCUACAAGAAUUGGAGGUUCUUAUAAAAAGUUGGUUUACCGAGAGUAUACAGAUGCCUCCUUCACAAAGAAAAAGGAAAGAGGGCCAAAGGAGGAACACCUUGGCAUCCUGGGUCCUCUGAUUUGGGCAGAGGUGGGAGACACCAUCAGAGUUACCUUCUUUAACAAAGCAAAUCAUCCUCUCAGCAUUGAGCCUGUUGGACUAAAAGUGAAUAAGACCAAUGAGGGCACAUACUAUGCCGGGCAGUACAAUGCCCACAAUAGAAAUAGGUGUCAUCCAGCCUCCUGCGUGGCACCUGGGAAAACUUUGGUUUAUGAAUGGUCUGUCCCCAGGGAAGUGGGACCUACUUAUAAAGAUGAAUGCUGUUUAACAAAGAUGUAUUAUUCAGCUGUGGAUCCCACCAAAGAUCUAUUCACUGGACUUAUUGGGCCCAUGAAAAUAUGCAAACAAGGAACUUUAGAUAAAGAUGGGAAAACGAAUGCUAUAGAUAAGGAGUUCUAUUUGUUUCCCACAGUGUUUGAUGAAAAUGAAAGUUUACUCCUAGAUGAUAAUAUUUUAACAUUUACAACUGCACCAAAUCUGGUGGAUAAGACAGAUGAUGACUUUCAGGAAUCUAAUAAGAUGCAUUCUAUAAAUGGAUUCAUGUAUGGGAAUCUGCCUGGACUACAUAUGUGCCAAGGAGAUCGAGUCAUGUGGUACCUGUUCAGUGCUGGGAACGAGGCUGAUGUGCAUGGGAUCUACUUUACUGGAAACACGUUUUCUUCAAAAGGCAGAAGAAGAGACACAGUCAACCUUUUCCCUCAAGCCAGCCAACUAGUGGUCAUGGUCCCCGAGUCCACAGGAACUUUUGAGUUGGAGUGUCUCACCACGGACCACUACACAGCUGGCAUGAGGCAGACCUACACUGUGGAACACUGCAAGGCACAGUCGGAGUCCUCCUUAUUCAGAAAACAGAGCACCUAUUACGUGGCAGCAGUGGAGAUGGAGUGGGACUAUUCUCCACACAGGUCCUGGGAGACAGAGCUGCACCAGCUCCAGGAGCAGAGGUCCAUAUCCACAGGAUAUUCCCUGCCUUUGCUGCCAUUUCCUUCAUUUUUGCUUCUCUGUAAUUUUCCAGCAGGGAGACAGGGAAAACUGCUUCCACUAACUAAAGGUAGUUUUGCUCAUGUGUGUUCUGACAGUGCUCCAAAUGUCUUUCUCGAUAAAGAAGAGUUCUACAUUGGUUCAAAAUACAAGAAAGUUGUGUAUCGCCAAUACACGGACAGCACGUUCAGGACUGAGAAGAAGAGAGGUGCUGAGGAAGAACACCUGGGCAUUCUCGGCCCACAGCUGCAUGUGAAUACAGGAGAAAAAGUGAAAAUUGUCUUUAAAAAUAUGGCUUCCAGACCCUAUUCCAUACAUGCCCAUGGAGUGAAAACAGACAGUCCUGUGGUUGCCCCAACUUUACCAGUUUUUGAUGAGAAUGAAUCUUGGUACUUAGAUGAAAACAUCAAAACAUACUCUGAUCACCCCGAGAAAGUUAAUAAAGAUGAUGAAGAAUUCAUAGAAAGCAAUAAAAUGCAUGCUAUUAACGGAAGAAUGUUUGGGAAUCUACAAGGUCUCACCAUGUAUGUAGGGGAAUAUGUCACAUGGUACCUAAUAGGAAUGGGCAAUGAAAUAGAUCUGCACACAGUCCACUUCCAUGGUCACAGCUUUGAGUACCAGAACUGGGGUGCUUAUAAAUCUGAUGUCUUUGACAUUUUCCCUGGAACAUACCAAGCUAUCCACAUGCUCGCCAAUAUACCUGGAACCUGGCUACUCCACUGUCAUGUGGCUGAUCACGUCCAUGCUGGAAUGGAGACGACAUACACGGUCCUACAGAAUUCAACAAUAUCUGUACAACUGGAAUUGGCAAAGGCCAAUCUGAUAAGUGGAAAUUAUGUGGAGAAAAAUCACUACUGUGGUUCUUCAUCAAAUAUAAAAGGAAACAUGACAACUGAAGAAAAUAUGUUCUCGGACCCUAUGAAGGUUUUGCUUAGGAACACAGCACGUCCGCAGCAGGAGAAACCAUUCUAA